AAGGUCUGGCCAUACUUUGCCGUUGCUUUAUCAAGAGAGAUGAAAUGGGAAUUUUUUUAAACGGAAUUUUACCGAGAAUAGAAAAACAAAAAACAAAAUGGGAACCAGGAAUGGAUAUGUUUCACGCUCUCCCCGUAAUUAUUGUUAGGGUGGAGUCCUUAUCUGAUAAGAAAUCUAAAGUUGUGGGGUCCUUAAACCUGCGUUUUUUUGGAGCUCUGGCCUUUGGUAUGAAAAACAAAACGAUGGGGUGGGCCAUGGGGACCUUUUGUUUGGUGCCUUUACUUAUUCUAGUUCAGACAUCAUAAUUGCUUCGCUGGUGGCAUAUAUCUUGUGCCUAUCUAGAUGUUUUUACAUGCUCAUACGCGCAAGUGGUAUCUUUACUGAUUUUGUAUUCUUUCUCAAGUUAAAGAAGAACGUGAGAAUCUAUGGAAUUUGAGAAUUAUUUUACCCAGGGAUGGAAAUCAGUUUCAAGUGCGGCAACUGACUCGGAAAAUCCCAGUGGUUGUUUCGACUGUAAUAUCUGUUUUGACUUUGCACAUGAGCCAGUAGUCACCCUCUGUGGCCACCUCUACUGCUGGCCCUGCAUCUACAAGUGGCUCCACGUCCAGAGCGCCUCGCUUGCCUCCGAUGAGCACCCGCAAUGCCCAGUUUGCAAGGCUGAUAUAUCCCACACCACCAUGGUUCCCCUCUAUGGCCGUGGCCAAGGCUCAACCGAAGCUGAAGGCAAGACACCAUACAGGGGCACGAUCAUUCCUCCCAGACCAUCAGCUUGUGGUGCUCAAGGUGUGGUGUCAAACACAUCUAAUAGCGGCCAGAGGCUUCCAUAUCGUAAUCCUUACCGGAGCCAUAACUAUAAUUCUAAUCCAUACGGCGGUUUUGAAGAGGCUUCCCCAACACCCGUGCUUAAUCUUGGAGACCCUACAAUGUCCGGUUUGCAGCAACCAGUUGUUGGGAUGUUCAGAGAGAUGGUGUAUGCGAGGGUUUUCGGUCCCUUUCCAAACUCGUAUCACUUAAUGGGUACUGGUAGCCCUAGGUUGAGAAGGCAUGAGCUGAUGGCAGACAAGUCAUUGAAUAGAAUCUCCAUUUUUCUCUUUUGCUGCUUUCUUUUAUGCCUCAUUGUAUUUUGAAAUACAGUACUAGGUUAUUGUCCAUUGUUCACCACAAUAGUUAGUUUGUAAAGAGCAAUGGAUCCGAUUUUAUGAAACAUCCGUGGAUCCCUUAUAUAUAUAUAUAUAUAUGAUUUGAUCUUCAUAUUUUGCUGGAAA